AUCGUGGCCGAGAGGGAGCAGGUUGGUUUACUGCUGGUGUUAUAUAGCCAGAUGGUGAAAUAUUAGUAUUGUUUACAAAAGACUAAAUUAAUAAGCUUUACAAUAUAACUCUUCAUCAAUACAAGCUGGAACAAUCGGUGCAGUAAUACCUCCUCACCGGUAGUUGGCGCCAGAUAAAUAUAAACCACAGUCAGACAGACAGGAGGAGGAGAGUGACAACUUGGAAGUAGGUGAUGUGUUGUUUGAUUUCUCUUGGCAAGAUGUCGGGCCACGAUCAGCUGGUCCUCUGUUUGUGUGAAUUAACAAGGUUGCUGUGGAAGUUGCUGCUGCCCCUGGUGUUCCUGUGUGUGCUGCUGAUCGCUGUCCUGGUGCUGCUGGUGCUGGCGGUACGCUUCUGGCUUCAAAGCAGCAGGAACGCUCGGAGGGCGAGGGACGGCCGACCCACGGUGGCCUUCUUCCACCCCUACUGCAACGCUGGCGGCGGGGGGGAGAGGGUGCUCUGGUGUGCCAUCAGGGCACUGCAGAGCAGGUACGUGGACAUCAACUUCGUGGUGUACACGGGGGACCUGGGUGUGACGGGACAGCAGAUCCUGGAUGGGGCGCGGCGGCGUUUCAACAUCGCGCUCCCCCGCCCGGUUCAGUUUGUGUUCCUGAGGCACCGGCUGCUUGUGGAGCCCAGCCUCUUUCCUCACUUCACCCUGCUGGGACAGAGUGUGGGCUCCAUCUUCCUGGGAUGGGAGGCGUUGACGGAGUUUGUCCCGGACAUUUACAUCGACUCCAUGGGCUACGCCUUCACCCUGCCCCUGUUCCGCUUUGGGGGCUGCAGCGUGGGGAGUUACGUUCACUACCCCACCAUCAGCACUGACAUGCUGUCUGUAGUGAGAGAGAGGAACCCCAGGUUCAACAACCCAGACUACGUCUCCAACAGUCUCUUCCUCAGUGCCUUCAAGGUGGUCUACUACUGCCUCCUCGCCCUGCUCUACGGCAUGGCCGGCUCCUGCAGCGACCUCAUCAUGGUCAACUCCUCCUGGACCCUCGACCAUAUCCUGUCACUGUGGCGCGCUCCCAACCGCACCAGCGUGGUGUACCCGCCCUGCGACGUCAGCGCCUUCCUGGACGUCCCGCUGGAGGAGGACGGGGACAGGAAGUGCCACUCGAUCGUUUCCAUCGGGCAGUUCAGGCCGGAGAAGGACCACCGGCUGCAGAUCAGAGCUUUCAAGAAGGUGUUAGACAGGAGGAGGGAGGGGGCGGGGGGCCGGGAGGCACUGAAGCUGGUUCUGAUUGGCGGAUGCAGGAACCAGGAAGACGAGGACAGGGUGCUCAUGUUGAGGGGCCUGUGCCAGGAGCUGGGUGUGGCCGACAGAGUGGCGUUUAAACUGAACGUGCCCUUCGAGGAGCUGAAGAGAGAGAUAGCAGAAGCCACCAUCGGACUGCACACCAUGUGGAACGAACACUUUGGAAUAGGCAUUGUGGAGUGCAUGGCAGCAGGGAAGGUCAUUCUUGCACACAAGUCCGGCGGCCCCAAGCUGGACAUCGUGGUUCCUUUCGAGGGAGGCCAGACAGGCUUCCUGGCUGAUGACGAGGACAGUUACGCGGAGGCCAUAGAGAGGAUCCUGGCGCUGCCGCCCGCCAGCCGGCUGCACAUCAGACGCAACGCACGUCAGUCCGUGGCUCGCUUCUCAGAUCAGGAGUUUGAAGCCUGCUUCCUUGCUGCUAUGGAGCCUCUGAUGGGAACACUUGAACGAUGAGAAGAGGACUCAUUCUUUGUUUUUGUGUGUGUGUGUGUGCGUGCGUGCAUGUACAGUUAAUGUGAUAGUGGCUAUUUGACACUUUGAGCACCUUUUACUUUGAUGCACUUGGGGCUGCAUUUACACUGUAGAACGUUUGACAAAAUCUGAACUGAUGCAGCGAUCCCUCACACAGAAGGUAUUUGAAAUCACAAACGCUGCGCUUCUUUUUUUCACUGAAAUGAAUCAAGAACGUUUGUAAUAACUCGUCUGGGUACAGUUUAGAUACACGGCCCUAUAAGGGAUUGGUUUUGAAGGUGAAAUCAGGUACAGGUAGUCAUAUUCUGUCUAGGUAGCAGUGGACAUAUCAGAUCUUUGCCUCAUGUGUUUAGAGAGAACCCUACCACAUAAAAUGCUGUAGUUCUCUUAGUUGUAUUUGUAAAUACCAGUAUCCUGAUCAAUGACAUUUUUGCAGGAUGCAUUCCUCUGUCAGUAGUGUCAGUUUACUUAAAGAGAGAUGUAUUAUAUUUAGAAAAAAUGGCUGAAGGGGAACAAAUUUGUCUUUUAGACAGCUGAAUAAUGUGCUGUAAAAUGUUAAAGAGAACAUAUUUAUUGUUUACAAGAAUAAGAAUAAUUCUCUACAUGCCCAAAAUGUGAAGUAUUUUUUGAUAUUGAUAAUGAAUGUAAUAAAGAUAUGAUGAGAAUCAAA